AUCCAACUCACCGCUUCGACACCGUCCUAUAGGAGGCUCCCUACGUCUGCUCCCUCCGGCUCUUAGUCUCCCUCCCCCUCUCCCUCCCCCUCCCUUCUUCCCUCUCUUCUUUGAGCGAUUUUUCUUCGUUCUCUUUUCGUGCGCAGAUCGUGGAGGUUGUGGGUUUCCCUUUGUCUGGUUGUUGGAGUGGAAGAAGUUUGUAAAGGGGCUGCAGGUAAAGCGAUUUCCUUGUAUUAUGAGAGGAAGCGAGAUGGGAAUUCUGGAGGGACCAGUUAUUUGCCGUCCUUCUGUUCAUCAUGCUAAGCAAGCAAGAGUUUCUGCUCCCGUAAUUAACACUUUAUUAACAAAGACUAGUUACUUUAGAAGUGGAUUUUGGGGGUCUAAAACUAGAUGCAGAAGCGUAAUUACAGUCGGUGCCCGUUCCAUUCAACCUUGUAAAAGGAAAGGUUGGCCCAUUCAUUGUAGUUUCAGUUCAUCUUCUGAUGGUAAUGGCAGCAUGGCUGGAAACUUCAAUGAAAAUGAUGAAGAUUAUGUGAACUCCAGUGUGAUUGAAGCAGUUGAGGUGAGAAGUGGAUCAGAUGGAUUCAUGAUAAAGAUGCGUGAUGGUACGCAUUUGAGAUGUGUUCACAAUAACCCUCAAGGAGGAAGCUUGCCAGACUAUGCGCCGCAUCCUGCUAUUGUACUAAAGAUGGAAGAUGGAAGUGAUCUUCUGCUUCCUAUCAUUGUCUUGGAGAUGCCAAGUGUGUUGUUAAUGGCUGCAGUUCGGAAUGUCCAUAUUGCUAGGCCAACUGUAUAUGACGUAGUGAAGGAGAUGAUUAAAAAGAUGGGAUAUGUGGUUGAACUUGUUCGAGUUACCAAAAGAGUGAACGAGGCAUACUUUGCUCGGUUGUACCUUGCAAAGGUUGGGAAUGAAAAAGAGAUCAUCAGCUUUGAUCUUCGACCUUCAGAUGCCAUUAAUAUGGCUGUGCGGUUCAAGGUGCCUAUACAAGUCAAUAGACAUCUUGCAUACAAUGAUGGGAUGCGAGUGGUUGAACCGACUAAGCUGGCAGUGCAGGCUUCUCAGUCAGAGGGAAUGCUAUUCACAGAACUUGACAGGCCUGAUGGUCAGCCUUGUUUGGAAGCAACGGAGUUUGGUUUGGUGCGUAACAUGUUGAUUGCUGCUGUUGAGGAAAGAUACAGAGACGCUGCUCAAUGGAGGGACAAGCUUUUUCAGCUGCGAUCCAAGAGAAGGAACUGGACAUGACAGACUGCUUUCGUUGUUGCAGUGUCUUAACAUGUAUAUAAGGCCAGCGUUUGGAAGCAAGUGCAAGCCUGAUGUCUUUGAUGGUAUAUAUAAUGUAUAUAGGACGUAGCCACCAAGCUUGUGUAUGCAUGUAUAGUUGCUCAUGCCAUGGUGGCAUCUAAAAUGGCAUGUGGCAGUAUGUAAGUAUUCGACUAUAGAACUAAUUCUCAGAUGUUAGACUCGUUCAUCUCCAUCGUGUUUUAGUUAGCUUUUGCCUGGUUUCCGGUGUUACCAGUUUGUGGUUUGAGGCUUCAAAUGCUCGGAGUACACUGAUUUUAAUCAUGUUUUAGACCUCAUUUAUGUAUCAACACCUGCGUAAAUAUUUGGGAGGACUUGAUUUCAAAAUCUAUGAUAUUUUUUCGUACCUAGUUA